AUGGUUUUUAUAAAAAAUAUUGGUCCAAAUGGUGAUACGCGGCAGCAACAGCGUACAGAACAUCGAAUAAGCAACAUUCAUACUGGAUAUUUAACUAUAAUUGCAUACAAUCAAUAUUGGUAUCAUUCCUACCCAGGUUAUUAUGGCACGGUCGGAUCCGGCCGGUUCCAGUCAUUUCCCGACCGUUUCCUGCAAACUUCGAGCUGGAAACGGCCAGGAACUGAUCGGAUAUUUCCUGUGCAAUUCCGGCGGCAAGGAACCUGCCGGAACUUCCUGGAAUCGGCGAAAACUGUGCCGGAAUCGAGAAGAGCUGUACCGGAACCGACUCAGAUUUCAACGGAUCCAGUCGCCGGAAUGAUCGACCUGGAAAUAUCAACGCUCAAACCGAUCACAUAA